GUUUAAACGUCGCGGCAAAUCCUCCCCACUUCUUUGAGAGAAGCACAAUAGUGAAACGCGUCGUUCGAUCGAACCCGUAGUGUUAUGUGCGUACGCGAUGUUGAAUGAGUGACGUAACCUAAAUACAAAUAUCUCCUAUCAACGAAUAAGUUUAGAUCAGAACAUCGCUUUGUUAGAAAAACGAUAAAAACAAAAUACGUACACACUUUUGCUUUCUUUCUCUUUCUCUUCGUUUCAUUCUUAUAUCUCCAUGUUAAUUUGACUUACGAAGAGAUAACUAUUGAGGUAUCGUGUUAACAUCUCAUAAACGAAGUCAAAUAUCGUGCUCUUUGUGCUGAAAGAAGUGUGUGCCGCUAAUUUGGAUUUUUCACGAAGACAAAAAAGAAUGGCGGAAGAUUGUUCUGAUGGUGAUUAUCUUGGGGCGUAUAGCCGUUUUUUCUCUGAAUUUGUCGCUAGAGUAAAUCCAUACGAUCAACUGCCUGUUUCGGUGAGCUCAUAUAAUGUGACCGAAGCUGAAAUCGUCGGUGAAAUCAUCAAUGUGACUCUACAAUAUCUCAACCAGACGCAAUGUCCAGCAAGUUUACAAGCAUACUUAGUUCAUCAAGUGAUACAAGAAAUUAAAUCUAUGUGCAAAAAACAACCAGAAGAUUGUGGAUUUAAAUCUCAAGAAAAAACAUAUACUUCAUUAAAAUUAAUGCAAGCUAUUAUUAAUAAAGUUAAUGAAAUUUGUACCCGCUAUCUGGAUAAUAGUAGAUUGGCAUUAUUGCCACCUCCUCCUUCAACUCCAUUACCACAAAUAACAGCAGGUGGAAACAAAAAUUGUAGAAGAAAAAUGGAAGACCGUUAUGUAAUUUUACAUGACUUACAUACUACAUUUGGUAUUGAGGAUGAUUCUAUAGCAAAUUAUUAUGCAGUAUUUGAUGGACAUGCAGGACAAGAUGCAGCUGUAUACUGUGCUGCUCAUCUACAUCAAUAUUUAACAGAAAGCAUAUAUUAUCCUACAGAUCCGGAGCGUGCCUUACGCGAUGCUUUUCUUACUACAGAUAGACAAUUUAUAGAAAAAUCAAAGACACAAAAAUUAUGUGGUGGGACUACUGCAGUUUGCACUUUAAUAUUAAAUAAAAGAUUAUAUGUUGCCUGGGUAGGAGAUUCAACAGCCAUGCUGAUAAAACGUGAUAGCGUUGUUCAGCUGGUGAAUCCUCAUCGACUUCAUCGCGAAGAUGAAGUGCAAAGGAUACGAAAAGCAGGAGGAGUAGUAAUGCCAAGUAUGGGAAUUAUGCGUGUAAAUGGAGUAUUAGGUGUUUCAAGGGCAAUAGGCGAUGUUCGAUACAAGCCAUUCGUAACAGGCGAGCCAGAAAUUAAAUCUGUUCCUUUAGACGGAACAGAGGAUUUUUUGGUUCUUGCCACCGAUGGACUAACAGAUUACCUGAAUCCUAAGGAGAUAUUAACUAUUCUCUAUCAUGAAAUACAACGAAAUCCAAACGGAUUUAAACGCGCGUACCAAAUCCUGCUACACUGGGCGAAGCAGGGAGGUUCGGAAGACAACAUCACCGUGGUUGUGGUCCUGUUAACACCAGCGAACGCGAUCGCAGCCAGACCUCUAAACGCCCAUCCGUACCUUCGUUUACAAGUGAAUGAUAUACUCGAAAAAAUGAAUUCAAAAGACAAACCGCUCUUUAUGGAUAUCGAUGAUGCCCAUAAUGCGAUCAACUCGAACAUCCUCAAACAAUCUAUGAUCUCUCACGAGCCACGUGACGACGACGACGCUAUAUUAGCGGCCAGUAAUGGAAAACAUGAAAAUGGCGACACUGAUUAUGAUUAUUCCGAUUUGGGGCCCGAGACCAACGUAGACGCGAUCGAUGACGUGACCACUAUGCCUGUGAAAAAUCUUUCCUACGAAUUUUACAAAGACGACGAUAUUUGCCAUGAGGAUGGCCAACCCGACAAUGACUCGAACAUUCUCGACAAUAGGGACAUCGACGAAUCUAUCAAUGCUAACCUAAAUGCCAACACCAAUAUAAUAACGCACGAACAGAUCACUGAUAAUAAUUUACACGAAAACGAUGAUGACGAUGAUGAUGAGGACGAUGACGAAGUGGACGAAAACGAUGACAAUGACAAUAAUGAUGAUGAAUUGCAUCAAGAUAACGAUGAUGUUCCCGAUGACGAGGUUAUGGUAUCUAAAACAGUUGAAGAUGAUAUUCCUGAAAACGAGAUAAUCUGUGAAAAAAUGAAUAACGAGAUUUGCGAACAACUUAUGGAAAAUAUAGUGGACGAGAAGAAAACGCGUGUGGAAGACCAAGCAGAUACGCCACAAGAUGUCGUUGAUGAUGUCGCCGGUCCUGUGGACUAUGACGAAUCACCGCCAUCACCGCAAGCUAACAAACCUCUUCAGCAUGCGCUCAUUCACGAACCAGAUAAUGUAGCGGAGAGCGAGGAUUCCGAAGACGAGUGGAACUAUUAUCGAGUUGAUCCAAACAAAGAAAAGAAUUCCGAAACGCCUGUUGGCGAACCCGAAAAAACGAGAAACAUAGAAGAAGAAAGUGAGGAAACAUCAGAGCUACCUGUCAAAGAAACCGAGUCGAAAAUCCAAUCUGAAAGCAUAGGGGAGAAUAUUAAAUGCGAAAGUCCGAAAGAGGGAUCGCCUGAGCUUAUUAACACAGAGAUUAGCGCUGAGGAUAAAGAAGAAAAACUGGAGAAGAUCAAGGAAGCCUGUAUCGAGGAGGAAAACAAGCUGAAGGAUAUGGAUUUUCAACUGAAUCCUAACGCGGCCGAAUUCAUUCCUGUUUCACCGCAAUUUAUGGGAACGAGAAUGGAUCUGGUUGAGGAUUUCCCUGUCUCUGGAUCACCUUUCAAACAAGUCCCACAGAUGGACGACAUUCAAGUGCCCAGCCAGAGCGAAUUCGAGAAAGAAGUAUGCCAACGACCAAGAGAGGUCGACAACGAGGAGAAAGAAUACCAAAAUGGCGAUAAUUUACAGAAUACCGAUUAUACAGAUUUUCUGGCUGACAAGCAAAAGGUAACCCCUGUUGCCGGAAAUAUGGAUGAUUCUGAAAUAUCAUCGACAAAGGCCGAAUUCGGAGACGAGUCUUCGGUCAGUUUCUUAACGGCUAGUGAAUUCCAUAGAACAGGUAUCUCCGCGAUAGAUGAAUCGUUCUCGAGCUGCGAGCGUGAAUACGAUAUCGCUAAAGAUCCAAUGGCCAUGUCUUUCACACCUAGCGACUUCGAAGCGGCGUUCGACAAAGGUGUCGAUUUGAAUGCCGUCCACGAUUUGAGCAAUAGUGAUUUAGAGGAAACCAACGGCAUUUUGGACAAGGAGGAGGAGGAGGAGGAAGAGGAGGAGGAACUUUUGGCGAAAUCUCCAAACUUGGAAAAUGAUACUGUUAAUGAUAAAAUAUCAAUUGCGUCUAAUAACGAGAAACCAAUAACAGAUAAAACGGAAAAAUCUGAAAUUCGCGCGGAAUUCGUGAACCUGUCUUCGCAACAAGAUUACAGCGAAGAUACUUUCAUCGAGCACGCGGACGAAUUAAAAGCCAGCACUGUCGACUUCCUAAACUUGCAACCGGAGUCUUCCAAUCAACAAGAAUCGCAAGAAACUGCGAAAUAUGAUCACUCCCCCUUAACCGAAAAUUAUUCGGGAGAAUUCGAGUCGGAAAAAGAACCUGUUUCUGUUGAUAAUGAACAACCAUUAUCGCCUUCGAGCGCCGACAUAGAUGAAACGAAACCCAUAGAUGAAACCAGCGAGGAUGCUGCCCUUCUUGGAAAUGAAUUGCAAAAAGAAAUUUGCUCGAACGAUGGUAACACGCCCUCUUCGCUCUCACCGAUUCCAGAUGCAAUGGAAAGUGAUUUGGCAACUGAGAGUGCAGAAAUUCAGUCUUCCAAACCGGUUCAAUCUUCGUUGCAUCCGGAUGCUCCAGAGUUUAUGCCUGGAAAUUAUAAUUUCCAAUCGUUUGGAAUGGACAAUAAUGAUGUUUGUCAAGUAUCGCACAUAAAAGCAACUGAUUCGUAUCAAGCAUAUUCCACGGAAGCUGGAAGCGCGUUCGAAAUAGUUAAGCAAGAUUUGGUUGCAAAUAUACAGUUUGACGAAAAGGAAGAUGAACCAGUGUGCACGAAGCCACUAAUAGAGAUAAAGCCGGAAGAUUUUAGCGAAGAACAAGAUGUUUGCGUAAGACCACUUCAAAUCCACUCUGAAUUGACGCCACCUCUUUCUCCUCAAGAAGAAAAACACAUUCACGAUAUUAUUUGUCCUGUCGAAUCUUCUGAAGAAGUGAUCGAAUCAAAGAAAAUUCCAGAAGAAGCAAAUAUUGAAGAUAGAGUAGAAGAAAUGAUGGAAUCAAUGAAAGAAUCGAUGGAAACAAAUAUAUCAACAGAGGAAAUAAAAUCAGUAGAAUCAGAGGAGCCAAUAAAAGAACUCAUUUUGAAUUUAUCUGAUUCUAUGCAAGAAUUUACAGGUUUGGAGAGUCAAUUACAACCUACGGAAGAAGAAAUUCUUAAAGCCAAGGUUAUUGAAGAUCUUCAAGAAGAAAUUAUAAAGAAAAAAGAAUUGAUAGACGUUACAGAACCAGAGAAAUCUUCGGAACUUGUAGUCGAAACUGAAUAUAUGGUACAAGAACAGAAAGAAGUUCAAGAAUUUCCAGAAGUUAAGGAAUCUGAAAUUAAAGAAGUGGAAAUUGAACAAUUAAAAUUAAAGGAACCAAAAGUUGAAAAAGUGGAAAUCCAAGAAUCAGAAUUUAAAGAAUCCGAAGUUAAAGAACCAGAAAUUAAAGAAUUCGAAAUGAAAGAGCCAGAAAUUGAAGAAUUCAAAAUUAAAGAGCCAGAAAUUCAAGAACAUAAAAUCAAAGAAUUAGAGUUAGAAAUUAAAGAAUCUGAAAUCAAAGAAUUUGAAAUCAAAGAAUCGGAAAUUAAAGAACCUGAAAUCAAAGAGGUAGAAAUUAAAGAAUCUGAAAUCAAAGAGAUAGAAAUUAAAGAACCUGAAAUCAAAGAACCAGAAAUUAAAGAACCUGAAAUCAAAGAGCCAGAAAUUAAAGAACCUGAAAUCAAAGAACCAGAAAUUGAAGUUUCAAGUCAAAAGCCAGAAAUCAAGGAACUACUCAAAGAACCAGAAGUAAAAGAAACAGAAGUCAAAGAACCAGAAAUAGAAAAAGUAGCUGAAGUUCCAGAAAACAAAGUCGUCGAAACAGCUGCAAUAGCAACCGCAACUGCAGCAGUUGCAGCAGGUGCAGUUGUAGCCCAAAGUAAAGCGAAAGCGAAAACACUUGCUGCAAAACCGACGAAAACUACAACUUCAAAGGCAACUCCAACGAGAUCAACCCCAACAUCUCCCUCAAAAACUGUAUCUUCCACAACUCGAACGUCAACUGCAGCAAUGAAGAAGCCAUCGACAACGACACCUUCUCGUCCAAAAGAUCUCGACGCUCCAAAGAAAUCUACAAUUUCCUCUACAGCAAUCAGUAAACCGUCGGUUGCAAAAUCCGCCUCGAAAACGACAUCAACUACUGCAACAAAAUCAACUAGCAAAACCAGUGUAAGCACAACCUCUAAACCAAAACCUAUCGCAACAACCGCUUCAAAAUCGGUUACUGUUACUGACAAAAAACCUACCGCGAAUGGUGACGUUAAAUCUUUAAGUAAAACAGCAACUGCAACCAAAUCCUCCAGUAAAGCAUCACCAUUAGCGACCAAAACUACGCUAGUCAAAACAUCUUCCACACGACCAUCAACUGGAACAACGACAGUUCCAAAAGUAAGAUCCUCUUCUGCCAACAAAUUAAGCACGACUGCAAAAACCAGCAGUACUACGACUACCAUCGGUACAACAACUAGCAGCAGGCCCAAAACAGCUCCUCCAUCUAGUGGAACUGCAUCGAAACCUCGCAUGUCACUCAAUAAGUUACCGGCGAUCGAUAAACAAGUGAAGGAAACAGCCAAUAAACAAAUUUCCAUGGGGCGGACAAGUACACCUGCUUCUAAGACGACUUCUCGUUUGUCUACUACUAGUUCCAGCACGACUACGAUAAAACGCGCAUCCUUAACAGCAAAAACUACCACGGCUGCAUCCCCUACGAAAAAAUCUACGCCUGUAUCAAAAACUUCGAAGACCUCGUUGAGCGGAAAAACAGCUGGUGAGAAAGGAAAAAUUUUGCAAAAUGGCGUAUCUGAGAAUGUUGAGAUAAAUACGAUAAUCGAUGACAUGCCGAAAAAAGAUCUAUCACCCGUGGUCACUCCAAAUGAUAAUCAAUUAAUCAUGAGCUCUGAUUGAAUUGGCGGGAAACGAGAUCGGUUUCAAUCUUAGCUUUAUGUCGAUCGUAUGUCAUGCACCGAUAAACAUUGUUCUUUCUUUAACCAAAAAAAAAAAAAAAAAAAAAAGAGAUACAGAACAUCCGCUAAAAAGUAGUUUCUUAGGAAAUAUAUAACGAAUCGGAAGGAGUUUUUACUAUAAUUAGCGUAAAAUAUAAAAUAUAAUAUAUUAAUGUGUAUAUGUAUACCGAAGUAAUGAGUCUGUUUAUCUAUAUUGGCGAAAAGAGUGAAUGUGAAAUGAAUGAAAGAGAAUGAAUGAUAAGAAAGAAAAAAAAAAAAAGGAGAGAGAGUAAGGAUGUGUGUAAGAAAGGAUAUGCAAAACUAAAAAAAAAAAGAAAAAGAAAAAACAAAAUAUAUGUUAUUUCGCUUUUGACUGCUUCGAUCGUGCUGGAAGUAAAGAAUAAUGUAACAAAGCAAAAUAGAAAAGAGAAGAAAAGGGAAGUGGAAGAA